CGUCUCUGUCUCUAACGUUACUUUGAUUCAAUUUUUUUAUUUUUUUUCUUGUUUGUUGGAAUUUAUAUUUGUUAUCUGAAGUGAAAAGAUCUUAAAUUGGUGGAGAUAUAGGUUUAGAUGUGACUAUUGUGAAGCUCUUUAUUGUUAUCAAUUGAUAGUUUCUGUCUUAGGUGUUUAUGUAGACUCCUGAGAUUUUUUUUUUUUUUUUUUCUAUCAAACCGAACCGGGGAUCAAAACCGGUUUACAAAAUCAGAAUCAACCAAACCCGGUACAACCUACACAACUAAAGAAGAAACCCUAGGUGAAGCAGUCUUCAAGCUCCGCCGCUAGGUUUCAUCUCGUCAUCGGGAACUUCCAGUCACCGUCGAAGCUACCCUCAAUUAGAGAGACAACGACAAGGAGAACAACUCUCCUAACACCACUGCCGAAGUCUGAGAACUUUAGGAUGAUGGAUUGUGACGAAAAUGUUGGGAAUGAAUCACUUGUUCUGAUUAAACAAGGAGCCGAAGCUAGGGUGUUUGAGUCUACAUUUGCUGGAAUAAGAAGAUCAAUAGUGAAAGAACGGUUCUCGAAGAAAUAUAGACACCCGGUUUUGGAUGCGAAACUCACGCUUAAGCGCUUGAAUGCGGAGGCUAGGUGUAUGACAAAGGCAAGAAAGCUCGGAGUUUGUACUCCAGUACUCUAUGCUGUGGAUACUCUGCUUCAUUCCUUGACACUUGAGUACAUUGAGGGCGUCUCUGUUAAGGACAUUUUUCUUGACUUUGGAGCUAAUGGGAUUGUUGAGCAACGGUUAGAUGAUGUUGCUACUCAAAUUGGGGCUGCCAUCGCGAAGCUCCAUGAUGGUGGCUUGGUUCACGGUGAUUUGACCACAUCAAAUAUGUUAGUCAGAAGUGGCACAAAUCAGCUGGUACUAAUCGAUUUUGGGUUGAGUGUCACAUCGACCUUACCUGAAGACAAAGCUGUUGAUUUAUAUGUACUUGAAAGAGCCUUACUCUCAAUGCACUCUUCAUGCGGGAAUGUGAUGGAUCGUAUACUGACAGCGUAUAGGAAGUCGUCGAAGCAAUGGUCAGCCACGUUUAACAAGCUUGCACAAGUGAGGCAACGGGGGAGAAAACGGACUAUGAUUGGAUGAGCCAAGAUAUUUACUGAUCCUGUCCUUGAACGUGUGAGUGUGACUACAAAAGGCACACGAAAUUUUAUCUAUAUGUUCAAAUAGAGGUGGGAGGACACAUGCCCUGAAUUAUUAAGUCAUGUAUACCCCAGAAUUGCAUUAGUAUCUGGUUGAAUCUUCUGCCCUUU